GCUGAGAUGUCAACUCGGGAUUCUUCUGCAAAAACUCUGGAAAUGGAGUGCUUCCACACAAGAUUCAGUGCCUGGACACCUUUCAGCAACAAGUCGUUAAAUAGAGAGCUCUUUCAGGAAAGAGUUGCUCUUAUAAGUCAUUGGUUUGACCUCUGGACUAACAAGCAACGUCAAGAAUUCUUAUUCACGAUUUUUUUACGAUGCACUAAAUCACAGUUAAGGAUUGUCCAAGAGUGGUUUUCAGAAAGGACGCAAGUGGCCAAAGUGGAUUUCUCCACCGUGUUACCGCGCUUCAUUUCUCUAUAUAUCUUUUCCUUUCUGAAUCCAAAAGAUUUGUGUGCAGCCGCACAAGUCAGCUGGGCCUGGAAGUUUUUAACUGAACAGGACUGCAUAUGGAUGCCCAAGUGCAUUAGGUUUGGGUGGUUUCUGCCCUAUAAGCCUACCGAUAAUGAGUAUGGUGCUUGGAAGCAUCAUUACAUUGCUUGUGUGUCCAACUUAGAUUGGCCAGUCCCUAGGGAAGCCACUGCUAUGUAUGGGACCCUGAAUGAACCCAAGAGAGAAGAUGAGGAGCUACAGGAGAGACAAAGAGAAAAGUGCCUAAGAAAAAUACUUUGGGAGAAAAUUGCACUACGUAGAAAGGAGUUAUUCAAAGUUCGACCCCCCUGGGGGAGUGGAGCGUGCUGCCCUGGAUUGCUCAAAUCCGCAUGCCAGCCACGGCCGUCCCAGACUGUGAGGCAUCGAGUGGGAUUACAUGAAGCUUUGGAGAAGCAGCUCGUCUUGGCAUCCUUAGAAGCUUUGCCCAAGCGAAGCAAUGUUUCUGGAAGCCAGUCCUACCCUCUGUCAUCAAGGAAAGCUUGGCAUGGUGUUCAUAAAAAUGAUGACAGCUCUUCAUAUGUUUCCCGGCUCCACAUCAUAUUAAUAUCAUCUCGGAUUCCUGCAUAUGAGCUAGUAGUGGACAGCAUCAAGGCAGGAAUCACUUCUGUCGUGUACGAACACAGCGGCUUAACCUUGGAGAGCCUGCUUUAUCUCAUAGAGAAAGCUCUGGACGGGCAGAAGGUGCAGAGUAUGGGGAUAUUUAGUGAAGGAGACAGCAGAGAAAUCAAUUUGCUUCAAGGUUAUAAAAUUGGUAUUAAAAAUUUAUUGAGGCCUGAAGUGAGAGACUUCUGGGAGAAAUUAGGAAGCUGCGUGGCUCCUGAGCAAGAAGGGGGUCACGUGGAUCUCUUUGUACCGCUUGGAGCAUCAGAGGCAGGAAUAGAAGUUCUUUCUCAGCUGUCUCAGCUAACUGGAACAUUCUUUACUGCCCCCGCUGGAAUUGCAACUGGCUCCUACCAACACAUUCUCAGUGACUGGCUGGGACGACCAUGGGACAGCGAUCCAUGUUCCAUCUACUUCAGUGAGUCAAAGCUACAGAUGUGGUGCAGCCUGGCGGACUUCCUGGAAGACACGUUGAAAUCAGUAAGGAAACAGUUAAGCCCUCUCUUCAAGGAGUUGCAAAAGAACAUCAGUGCCAAGAUAAUAGGGCAAUAUAUGUUUGACCACAUGAGUGUGGCUAACAUUCUAAAUAACCAAGAAGUUGCACGAGCUCUGACAGAUGGACUGAUGGAACUUUCAAAAGAUAAUUCUGAAAAACCUCUGGAAUUUUUGUCAAAUUUUAUGCUGAAGAAAAGUAGUAAAGAGAGCAAGGAUUUUGGAGAACAUGUUAUUCUGACAAAAUGUGACCCAAAAGCAACACUCGAUUCAUUCAUGAAGGAAAGAAACUGUAGAGAAGACAACCCUCCGGACACAAAAUCAAGUCUCAGCAAAAACGAUCUGAAUUUUGAGACGCUAGUUAAGCUGGGCCUCAGGGAAAUGGGCCAGGUGGGAGUGAUGGCAUUUGAAGCUAGUCAAGCACCUUCCUCCGAGGACUAUAAGAAACCUUUGCCACCCGCCUGGCUGGCCAUGUGGGAGGGGGACGGUCGGGGGCAGCCCUGUGGAGGCCAGCCUGGACUUCUGGCUCAAGGAAUUAAGAGGAAAAGGCAGUUUCUAGACAACCUGAGAGACAGACUGCAGGAAUGGGGCCCGGCCCACUGCGUGGGAGAAAUUUUCCUCAAGUUUGGAAGCCAGUUGAACAUAUAUACCAAUUUCUUCAACAACUACCCAAUGAAGCAACACAUCAGCAUGAAAGAUCAGCUGUCAGACAUACAGAGACUCGUCAGGGGCUGCCCGACUCUAUCAGAGGAAAACAGAUAUCUGAUUAGGGUCCAGGACGUAGCCCAACUUCACUGCUGUGAUGAGGUGGCAAGUUUCUCUGUAAGGGUCUAUGAACACACCUGCGAUCUCAGUCUUUUCCUCUUCAACGAUGCACUACUUGUUGCAAGUCGGGGCACAUCUCAUACUCCAUUUGAAAGGACUUCAAAAUCAACCUACCAGUUCAUUGCAUCGGUGGCUCUUCAUAGGUUACUGGUAGAGGAUAUUCCGGAUUCCAAAUAUAUCAAGAAUGCAUUUCUUCUUCAAGGUCCAAAACGUGAAUGGAUUUGUGCUACAGAGGUUGAGGCUGACAAAUUUCUGUGGUUCUCAGUACUCCAACGUGCCAUCAAAAGCAGGAUGGACAAGUGAGAAAAUACUCUGGGUGCUAAUUCUGCCUGGCAAACACAUGGUAUUUUCUAUUCCAGAAGGAACCAGAAUGAUGAUGUGUCCUGGAUGAUGGAACAAACUAGGAUUGAGCCAGAAAGUCCUUCCUAACUUUUAACUUUAUCAUCCAUGUUCAACUACGUGAAAUGUAUAGUAACAACAAUUUGAGUCCAGAUUUUUGAAACACUCUUUCUGGUGGCAGUUUUUCGGACAGUAUUAUUUUGAUUAGAUUAAUUUGAACACUGUUUUAUGAUCUAAUGAAAAAAAUCAGAAUAAAACAUGUUUAAGUGA